AUGGGCAAAGCCGAUCGCAGAAAAGGCGCGCGUGCCUCCUCAGCACCUUACUCAAAGCCCUCCUCAAAAGGCCUGGCGAGUGCCGGCUCGACAAUCUUCAAAUUCAACACAGACAUCGGCCAACACAUUUUGAAAAACGGCGCGAUCGCGGACAACAUUGUCGACAAGGCGAAUGUGCAACCCUCGCAGACGGUGCUGGAAGUCGGUCCCGGUCCCGGUAUCUUGACGAGUCGGAUUCUGGAAAAGGCGAAGAAGGUCAUUGCGGUGGAACUGGAUCCGCGCAUGGCGGCGGAGUUGACAAAGCGCGUGCAGGGGACGCCACAGGAGAAGAAGCUGCAGAUUGUUUUGGGGGAUUUCAUCAAGACGGAUUUGUCGAAAUUGCCGCCUUUUCAGACUGUUAUUAGUAAUACGCCGUAUCAGAUCUCCUCCCCCCUCAUCUUCAAACUCCUCUCGAUGCCCAACCCCCCCAAGGUAUGCGUGCUCAUGGUCCAACGCGAAUUCGCGCUCCGCCUAAUCGCCCGCCCCGGCGACGCCCUCUACUCACGCCUCUCCGUAAACGUGCAAUUCUUCUCAAAGGUAUCCCACAUCAUGAAAGUCGGCCGCAACAACUUCCGCCCGCCUCCGCAAGUUGAAUCGAGCGUCGUCCGCGUCGAGCCCAAACCGCAGCGCCCGGAUAUCAGCUGGGACGAGUGGGAUGGGAUGCUCCGGAUUUGCUUUGUGAGGAAGAAUAAGACGUUGCGCGCCGGGUUUAUGGCGACGAAGAUUCGCCAGUUGAUUGAGCGGAAUUGGAUUACGUGGGCGGCUAUGCAUCCCGAGGCGGUUCGGGCGGAGGAUGUCGAGUUGCUUACGGGGAAGGUGGCGUUUCCGGAGAAGUUUGCGGGGAAUAACAAGGGAGAGGAGGAUGUCGAGAUGGAUGGCGUUGAGGAAACGGCCGCCGGCGGUGAUGUUGACGGCGACGACGACGACGUGGAUAUUUUCAUGGGCGAUGAAUCGAAGGAGGACAAGGCGGCCGCCACUGCGCAGAGUGGACCGAUCAUCACCGUUGCCGGACACCAGGUACCGCGGAAUCUGGUCACCAAGUUGAUUCAGUACAAAAUUGAGAAGAUCCUCGAUCAGGCGGGAUUGGCGAACGCGCGUGCGCAAAAGUGCGACGAGAAUGAUUUCCUGCGACUGUUGCAUAGCUGCAAUACCGAGGGUAUUCAUUUCUCAUAA